CCGUUUGUUACGUCACGUUCGUUGCGCCGCGAGCAGGCGCACCGAGGGAGGAGUGCCACACUCGUAGAAGGCUUGAAACGUUCGACUGCCCAGGAAUAACGUGCAUCGCAUUUCGCCUUUGUGUGGUGAUGGACGCGGAGUGAUGGCCUCUACUGCUCCUUCUGGAAGAGUACCUGAUCCCACAUGGCCGUUUCGUGAAGAGCAAGCUCUUUGUAACGUCACCAGUACCGCGCAAACGCAGCUGCUCAACGAACCCGGUUUCCAAGGUGUGUGGGAGCAGCUUGUCACCGAUAUAGUGGACCGACAAGCGUGGAAAGUGGAAAGCUUCGACUCCCUCGCUACGCUGGACGGGUACUGCGAGGACGUGCGACAUUACCCAGUCGAGAAUGAACGAAUCCGCAUGAAUCAGCGAAGGGACGCUGCCCUGAGGCUCAGAUCCAAUCCUGGGCGUUGGUCUCGGAUUGCCCUGGAUGCAUUAAGAGAGCUGGCUGUGGAUUCUCUCGGCCCCGCAGUCGCUAUCUUGGCGCAAUCUGGUUUUCUGGCCGCUUUCGAGGACUUCGCUGUUCAUACCCGCUAUUUCCAGGUCACGAGGAACCUGAUGGAGUCUGCCGGCAUCACGGUGUUCGUAUCGGGACACGCAUCCUCAUCAAUACACGACGUCGACAAGUUGGACCCAAUCAUGCUCGCCGGCUACAGCGAGCGUUGGGAAGACGGGAAAGACACGUCGCUGUGGCGCGCCUGUCUCGAAUCCCACUACUCCCUCAAUCCGCACCACCAGCAGCACGAACUGUGGCACGCCGACGAUUCUGACGAUAAGUGCGUUUGCACUCCCGGUAAAGAAAGGUUCAAGUUGAAAGAACGCUCAAGUUGGAGAGAAGAGUGCUGGAAGGCCCUGCCGGAACUUCUCUGCGACAAGUCGUCCCGGCGUCUCCAGAAGGAGCUUGAUGGAGUCGUGUCGCGCGAGAUGUGGACGGUGCAGAGCCAGUUCUACUCGGGAAUGCCCGACGUGUGGUUGGAGCGUGCGACAAAGAUGGCAGCGCAACUCGCCGAAAGUACGCCAUCCGCUCACUCCAACGUCACAGUCGCCACGUGA